CAAUUUUAGCGAAUAAUGAGUGCUGAAGAAAACGUUAGAAUUAAAAAGAAAAAUCGGUGGACCCAAGCCAUGCUGGAGCAUUUGAUUAAGCUCUGGGGCAAAUACUACCCAGAGCUGAAAACGAAUACUCGCGGACACGACAAGGUAUACGCCAAAAUUAUCGAGGAUUUAGCGAUGAUUGGUUGGACCGCGUCCAUGGAAGAUAUCCGUGGACGGUUCCACAAUUUAGCUGGGAAGUAUAGGAAGGAAGCAAUCGCUCAGUAUAUGACAGGCAGGCAAUCUCAGUGGCCAUAUUUCAGUAAGAUGGCUCAAUUUUAUGAGUACACAGUACCAGCAAACCAGCCCAGGCUGUACGACAUGUCCGAAUACCUUGAGCUGGAUUAUAUGAAUGAAGACACGCUGGACUUGGAGGAGAAUGAAAGAGUGCUUGUACAGGAAGGUGAACUAUCCGAUGAGGAACAUCUCGAAGAGCAGUUUGAAGAGGGAAGAUCGGAGAUUGAUGACUGGCCAUCGGAACAACUUGAAGACGAGAACAUGGCCGAUGAGCAGCUAGCUGAGGAGCCGCUUCCUGAGGUAUCACCCAUAGAAGUGAUAAAGGAACCAUCCGAACCAGACGUUGAUGUUGAACCGAGGGAAGAAUCACCGAGGGCCGAACGUUCCAGCACGCAUGAUGAAACGCAGCAUGUUGACAACAGGGAAAAAGAGGCAUCCGUGAAUGUUGAAGCUGAAUUACUUGCAUCAUCUCAGAAAGGGAAACUUUAUCAAUUGAAGAGCACUUAUCGCUACGAAACUAUCGAGGAUUUUCUACGUAUUUUAUACAGCAAUCAAUUAUACACCGACGUUUCAAUCAUUACCUGUCAUGAUGGUGAAAUAUUUACGAUACCGGCCCAUCGACUUGUUUUGGCCAAUUUUAGUCCGCAUUUUUCCAAUAUAUUUGAAAAACUGAAACCAGUCGCAACGGUCGGAACGAUAUCACUGGUUCUUCCACCGGAUAUUUCUCAUAAGGUCAUGCAAAUACUGUUGGAAUACAUGUACACUGGCUUUUCGCAUGUUCCGGAAGAGUUACUGGAUGAGGUGCUGCGGUGCGGAAUGCAGUUAAAAAUACGCGGAUUCUGGAGCGAAAAAACAGGAAAACUAGCCGUCAAACGACCAACAGGGAGCGACGAAGAAGGAACGAGCAAAAACCCAAAUGAACGAAGGGCUGCUCGUUCGCGGACCGAUAGUUUAUCUUCAGCAGUCCACGGAGGACCAAGUCUCUCCGGUAGACGAUCGUCUUGUGACCAAGCGGGAGAUGAAUUGGAUGCGCUAACCGAGGUGUCGUCGAACAUUGGCGAUGAUCUGUUGCGCUCAGAUGUAGAGGAUACCCGAAACAAUGACGAUGAUGAUGAUGAUGACGACAACGAUGACGAUAAUGAGCAUGAUCGUAGACAUCGUGGAAAAAAAUUGGUUGACGAUGACGACGAAGACGAUGAAGACGACGACGAAGACGACGAUGACGACGAUGACGAUGAUGACGAUGAUGACGAUGAUGACGACGAGGACGACGACGAAGAAGACGAGGACGAAGACGACGACAGCGACGACGAGGACGAUGACGACGCGAGACUGUUUGAAGAUCGGCAAAAGCACCAACAAAAGCAGGAGACUAAAAAUACACCUAAGACAAAGAUUCCCACGCAGGCCAUGGAUAUAGAAUCGUUAAAACGAGUGGAAAAUCUCGAUUGCAACGGAAAAGCCGAGCCCAAACUCGGUGAAUUUAGUAAACAAUUGAAACGAAACACAUCCGCCACCAACGCAACCGAAGAAAGGGUGCCUCCAAAACGUGGCCGGAGAGCUUCCGAAAAUGCGUUGGCCUCACAUUACCACCCUCCAACCUUACCUUCCUUCCCUCCAGACGGUGAAGGUAAAAACAGUAAGCCGAUCAAAUUGAAACGGCACAAUUCGUUGACCUGUAUGAUUUGCCGCGAACGAUUCGCGACCGCCGACGAGUGGAUAGGCCAUAUUGAAGACGUGCAUGCGAAAGAAGUUGGUGUGGUGGACAAAUUGUCCACAGACAAGCACAUAACGAUGCUACAGUGUGACCUGUGCCAGCAGUAUUUGGCCUCCGAGCAAGGCUGGUUGCGGCACGUGCUGCGGAAGCAUACAGAUGAAUACCCGGACUCCUAGCUGAACGAGAUGGGGGAAAGAGGAGGGCCGUUUGAAAAAAUUUCCUAAAGUCGACUGGACAGGCGGUAGCACUUACAAUCUGAGUGAGGAUCAAAUACGACGUUUUCACUAAGGGUUAGUAGAAUAAGUUAUUUUUAAUUCAAUAGAUUCAUAUAUAUUUUAUUUUCAUUGUAAAUCGUACAUUGUACAUGUUUAAGGAGGAGACUUUCCGACAUCAGGACAGAAGGUGCGUGUGUUUGGAUGCGAAUCAACCAACCACGUUGCUUUCUUUACAUGGUGCUCUAGCAAGACUCUAGACAAAACGUACAAAAGAUCGUUCGGAUAAAUAUAGAAGACAGCAAUGUUUUCACUGA